AUGCACCCGGGAUCCCAGAGGGCCACCAACCUGGGCAGCAGUGGCAUAGGUACCAGCAUGGGAAGCGGUGGGGGCAGCAUAGGCGGGGGCAGUGGCCACCUGCCCGGCCAGGCCUUCAGCUCAACCCCUGCCUAUUCACACAGCAUGAGCUAUUCUCCUAUGGCCAACCUGGAUGGCCAUGGCCAGUGGCUUGGAUCCUGGGGGUCCGCAUAUGCUCCCCCAAAGGAAGAUUGGGCUCCCUAUGGGGAGGGACCCUCCAGCUCUGUGGUGGAAUCUUCUUCAGUCCAAACCCUGGCCCAGGUCUUGGCCCUGGCGCCAACCCCAGCCCCAUAUGGAGCUACCGACUACAGCAACUUGGUCCGUCCUGAGUCCAGCGGGGUCAUCCCUCCUGAGAAUAUGGAAUUCACAGAGCCCACCUCCAAUCCCCCCAACAUAGGAGGUCCCUAUGCUUGGAUGAGCAAAACACUUCAUGUUUCAGGGAAGACCAGGACCAAGGAAAAGUACCGAGUGGUUUAUUCAGAGCAUCAGAGACUGGAGCUGGAGAAGGAAUUCCAUUGCAACAGAUACAUCAGCAUUCGGAAGAAGACGGAGCUAGCGGUCCAGUUGGGCCUUUCGGAGAGACAGGUGAAAAUCUGGUUUCAGAAUCGCCGGGCCAAGGAGCGGAAGCUACUGAAGAAGAAAAUCUCAGAGUCCCAGGCCAACGCAAGCAGCACAGCCCACAGUGACUCCAGCUCUGUGAGCCCGGGGGAGCCACCAAAGUUGUACUUUCCCCCACCUCCACCUAUGGGGGAAUUCCAGCCAAUUGAUAUUCACCAGAUCCUGGUCUCAGAAUAA